UUUGGCGCAGUCUCUCUCACUUCCACAUAUUCAUUCAGACCAAAACUAUCUACAUUCCACAGCCAUCACCACCAUCGUCAUCAUCAUCAAUCACCCUUCUUUUCCCUUUUCCUUUUCCUUUCUCAAAAAAAAAAAAAAUCCUCUUCCUCCACACCCCAAAACCAAAGUUAGCAACUUUCUCAAUUCCCAGAUUCUAAAGAAUCCAACUUUAUCUUUUUUUUUCUCUCUCUCUCUCUCUCUCUUUAUAUCCAAUCAUGGAGCCGGUGGAGAGCUUACCCUUGGAGACGGCGGAGAAGAUAAUUCUCCGGUGGGACUCCACCGCGUCGGAGGAAGCACGUGAGAAGAUGAUCUUCGAGGGUGACAGGGAAGAGGUGGAUCUGUACCUUCGUGCCGUUGAUGAAAUCCAACGUUCCAUGUCCACCGCCACCAUCUCCGACGAACAGAGCAAGGUCAACUCUUCCAUUCAGAUCGCCAUGGCACGCUUGGAAGAUGAGUUUCGCAACAUCCUCAUCUCUAACACCAACCCCAUCGACACAAGUUCCUCUCUUCACCACCCCAACACUGAAGAAGACGAUGAACAACAAGAACCACCACGAGAACACCAACAACAACACCAUGCUUCUUCUUCUUCUUCUUCUUCAACUUCAGCUAAACGCCAUGAUGAUCAUGAUGCUGAUGCUGAUGCUGAUGCUGAUGUUGAUGUUGUUAUUGAUGAUAAGCUUCUUCGUUUUGAUAGUAGCGGUGCUGCUUCUGUUUCCAGCAUCACCACCAGUGGCAGUAGCUACCGUUCUGCAAGUAGCAUCCGUGAGAUCGAUCUGCUACCUGGUGAUGCUGUUGAAGACCUUCGUUGCAUCGCAGAGAGGAUGAUCUCUUGCGGUUACUUGAGAGAGUGCAUCCAGGUUUAUGGAAGUGUGAGGAAAUCUGCUGUUGAUGCAAGUUUUCGAAGGCUUGGGGUUGAGAAGUUGAGCAUCGGUGAUGUUCAGAGGUUGGAGUGGGAGCAACUUGAGGCCAAGAUCAGAAGAUGGAUAAGAGCUGCUAAGGUUUGUGUUAGGACCUUGUUUGCAAGUGAGAAGAAGCUCUGUGAGCAAAUCUUUGAUGGGGUUGGAACUGCUAUUGAUGAUGCUUGCUUCAUGGAAACUGUUAAGGGACCUGCUAUUCAGCUUUUCAACUUUGCUGAGGCUAUUAGCAUAAGCAGGAGGUCACCUGAGAAGCUUUUCAAGAUUCUUGACCUUCAUGAUGCUUUGAUGGAUUUGAUUCCUGAUAUUGAUCUUGUGUUUGAUUCUAAGUCCUCUGAGUCAAUUAGGGUUCAGGCUGCUGAGAUUUUGUCUCGGUUGGCUGAGGCUGCAAGAGGGAUUCUGUCUGAGUUUGAGAAUGCUGUGCUUAGGGAACCUUCUAAGGUUCCUGUCCCUGGUGGGACAAUUCACCCUUUGACUAGGUAUGUGAUGAAUUAUAUAAGUUUGAUAUCUGAUUACAAGCAGACUCUGAAUGAGCUUAUAGUGUCUAAACCAUCAACGGGGUCUAGAUAUUCUGGUGAUCCUUCUACCCCUGAUAUGGAUUUUGCUGAGCUGGAGGGGAAAACCCCUUUGGCUAUUCACUUGAUUUGGAUUAUUGUGAUAUUGCAAUUUAACUUGGAUGGUAAGUCCAAGCAUUAUAAGGAUGCGUCCUUGUCUCACCUCUUCAUAAUGAACAAUGUCCACUACAUUGUUCAGAAGGUGAGAGGGUCUUCUGAAUUGAGGGAGAUGAUUGGAGAUGAUUAUUUGAAGAAGCUGACAGGGAAAUUCAGGCAGGCUGCUACUAGCUACCAGAGAGCAACUUGGGUGAGGGUGUUGUAUUGUUUGAGGGAUGAGGGUUUACAUGUGAGUGGUGGUUUUUCUUCUGGGGUCUCGAAGAGUGCUUUGAGGGAAAGAUUUAAGGCCUUCAAUGCUAUGUUUGAGGAGGUUCAUAGGACUCAAGCUGUUUGGUUGAUACCGGAUUCGCAACUCAGGGAGGAGCUUAGAAUUUCUAUAUCAGAGAAGCUGAUCCCAGCAUAUAGGUCAUUUCUUGGGCGGUUCAGGAGCCACAUAGAGAGUGGAAGACAUCCAGAGAACUAUAUUAAGUAUUCUGUUGAGGACCUGGAGGAUGCUGUUUUGGAUUUUUUCGAAGGAAUUCCUGUUUCCCAGCACUUGAGGAGGAGAUCUGAAUGAUGGAUUGAAGUGAGUUUUGCAACUUAGAUGCUAGGACACAUUCUUUUAAUUUUUUCCCCCUGGAGUGUUCAGGUAAUUGAGUGCUGGCCAAUCUGAGAUUUCUCAAGCUCUCUAGUGCUCCAUGGUUUAUCAUCCAUGAUUUUGAGUGAUGAAGGAUUCAAAUCUUGUGAAGAUUGGUAUAGCUUAUGAAAAGCCAAGUAACUCAGCCUGAAUUCUGCUGCCUGUAAGCACGUUAUUUGAUUUCAUACCACAUUCUAGAUUUUGUUUCAUUUGUUUAUAUCGGAAUUUGUUGUACGUGUGUUUUUGUUUAUUACUCUUAAGGUCAAAAAGCUGUUCCUUUUGUAGCUUCAAAUGACUUCUAUACAAUGUGAUAGUUUUGGCACUAAUUGAUGCAUGUUGAAAUUUAAAUCACACAUAGCAUUUUCCUCUCGGCAUCUGUAUCUCAUGUUUUUCUUAUAUUUAAGAGAUUCAUUCGGAAAACAGAACCUUAGAUGAAUGCAUACACCACAAAAUGAGAAUUGCUGAUAAGUUGUGUCUCCGGUGAAAAGACCUUGCUUCAAUAAAGAGUCCUAUUACAUUUGGCUACCAAGUAUGUAACUCUGUACUUGAAUUGUAACCUUGUAAGCAUGUUGUUAUCCUUUUUAGCAUAUUGUCCUGAAUUUGUUACUUAAGUUGUUGCUAAGUAUUCCGUUUUUAAUUUGUCCCUUAUUUACUUACUAGAAAGCUUGAACUUUGGUUAGUUCUUCAGAUAGAAAGGUGUAUGGGGUACAAGGAUUCUAGUCAGAAUGGAGCAACAAUAUACAUCACCUAACUUUUUGUAUUUUAGUACUUCACUGGCGUCAAUGACCUUGGGGAGGGUAGGUUUGUCCCUCCACAGGAGUGACAGCCACAUAAAAGAGGUGGACGACAGAUAUUUA